AUGGAUGUGUUCUCCGCACCUUACGACAGAGUCUUCUGGGACUUUGACGAGUGUGAGAUCCCUGAGGAACUCAAUGCCCCUGAGGUGUUACAGAGGAUGAAACAGAUGAGCACGGCUCUGGAUAAAGGUCAUCGUGGUCCUGUCUCGUUCAGGGCUUAUGGUGAUAUGACUGGUCUUGACUUUCAAUCCUCCGAAAUCAAACUCAAUCAUUUUCACUCUGGAGAGAAACGUGAGAAGAUGACAAAAAUGUUGGUGGACAUAGUAGCGUGGUCAGGUGAGAAUGCAGAACCAUCGGUGGGGAUACUAGUGUUGGGAGACUUGGGAGCCACAGAUGAUGCUGACUUCGCCGAGGUUGUUGACCUUCUCCAGACUCAGAAAAGUUAUCAGUUUGUGAUUGUGUCUCCAGGAUCUCCUCCACCCCCACCUCCUCCAACGAUGGUCAUGAUUCUCCCCGCUAUUCCUCGUGGUGGACUCUAG